AUGGCUUCUACCUGUGUCGUGCAAGAACAGACACGGGAAGCGGAUCACAUUAGCCUUGAGGCGCUGCCACGAAGUGGGCAGCUUACAACGGAUUCCUCGAAUGAUCCGCCGGGCGCUUUUCCAGCGUUGGAGAAAUGGAACUCUCCACGGAUCAAUAUCUAUAGAUCUUUUUCGACAUUUUGGAGUUUUCUAGUGAUGGGUGCUAAUGAUGCUGCGUACGGUGCAUUGAUUCCAUAUCUCGAGUCAUAUUAUAAACUAAGCUACACAGUGGUGUCGCUUGUUUUCUUGUCGCCGCUAGUCGGCUAUACCCUUGCUGCUUUUCUCAAUCAGCGCAUCCAUCUUUCCUUCGGUCGCCGUGGCCCAGCUCUUAUUGGACCGGGGUGCCACCUCCUGGCCUAUAUCAUCAACUGUGUGCAUCCCCCAUACCCUGUUUUGGUGAUCUCUUUCAUAUUUGCUGGGUUUGGAAACGGCAUUCAAGAUGCGGCAUGGAAUGCAUGGAUUGGAAAUAUGGCCAAUGCGAACGAACUCCUAGGAAUUCUACAUGGAAUUUAUGGCGUUGGUGCUGUUCUGAGUCCAUUGGCAGCCACAUCAAUGAUUACCGAGGCCAACUUGUCGUGGUUUUACUUCUAUUAUAUCAUGGUGGCUUGUGCAGUCAUCGAAAUUGUGGCAUGCGGCAUGUGCUUCUGGAAAUCCACUGGGGCAGAAUUCCGCGCUUCUAAUGGACAGGCGCUUGGAGAUAAUAACAAGGGUGGUUUAAAAAGUGCACUUUUCCGAAAGCCUUCUGCGCGAGUCACUUGGCUAUGUUCUUUGUUUUUGCUCGGUUAUGUCGGCGUGGAAGUUGCAUUGGGUGGCUGGAUUGUCACCUUUAUGAUCCGCGUCCGACAUGGCAGUGCUUUUGCUAGUGGUAUGACGGCGACUGGAUUCUGGCUAGGAAUCACCGUCGGUCGGAUUGUCCUGGGAUUUGUAACACCGCGACUAGGCGAGAAGUUGGCGAUCGCGGGUUAUAUUAUUUGCUCGAUCGCCUUUGGUCUAGUUUUGUGGCUUGUGCCUCAGUUUUAUGCAUCGGCUGUGGCGGUUUCAAUGCAGGGUUUCUUCCUUGGUCCACUGUUCCCAGGUGCAAUUAUCAUGAUGACCAAGCUUCUUCCUCAGCAUUUGCACGUCAGUUCGAUCGGUUUUGCAGCAGCUUUUGGAGGAUCUGGAGCUGCUAUUCUCCCUUUUGCGGUGGGUGCACUGGCCCAAGCCAAGGGUGUGAGUGUCCUCCAGCCGUUCAUUAUCGCGCUGUCAGGAGCAAUUUUUCUGGCUUGGCUGGGACUACCGCGGGUUUCGAAGCAGAGCGUGCAAUAA